GAUGAAAAUCCCUUCGUACUUCAGCUUAUGCGUUUAUCUAGGUAAGAAUUUCAGUCUAUGAAUUUUUAAUUUCAUUAUACCAGAAGAAGGUUCUCCACGAGAGUUUCAAACUUUUUUACAAACGUCACCGAAUGCUGUACAGCUGUACAUUUUCAUUUUUCAAAAUCCAUUUUAAUUUCGCGCAGUUUUUUCUGAUAUCAAAAUAUCAAUUCCAGAAUUCCUGAAAAGGAACAACAUGUUGAAAACUUAUUUUAUUUUCAUAUUUAAAUUGUUAGUGAGAAACUGUAGACGAUUUGUGGAAGGACAAUAGCUUUCGAUAUUUUUUGUACUGAAUUGUUUUACGUUUGUGCUGUUGAAGCUAUAAUUUUUUGUCUGCACGGUUCUCAAGAUAUUUCACAAAAUGCUUUUUAUCGACUAGCCCAGAACUUUUGAAAAAGUGGUUUUCCACGUCUGAUGAUUAUAUUAUAAUAUAUGUACCUUCCAUGUUGAGGAAUAUGAUUUUUUUGUUAUAUAUUUUAGAACCUUCAUUUUUUUCUUAAUUUUUCAGAGAAAAAGGUAUUUUCUCUCCCAUUUUCAUUUUUACAUUGAAAGUUGAACAAAAAAAUAUUGUUGAUUCAUGAUAUGCUAAUGAAUUCAAGAAAUGCUACGGGGGCCCAUAGUUCUUCUGCGCCCAGGGCCCGGAAGAACCUCAAACCGGCAAUGAAUAGGAGGUAUUUUUCAGUGGGGUAAAUUCAAAGUCCGUUACUGUAGAGUGAGAAAUAUUGUUUCGCUCGUUUAGCAAGGUUUGAGUUAAAAUCAUCUUGCAAGGUAUUCGUGAUGGUAAUCACGAAUCAUUCGAUACAAAACGAGAAGAUAAAUUUUUAUGAGGCAAUUAAGCGUCACUAGGAUAUGGAUUAUGGAUUGAGCUGAACAAACGUCUUUCUGUUUCUUCGAAAAAUGGUCGUUAAAUGGGGAUUAUUUUUCUGGAUAUUACACAAUAUUGAAUCAGCAUUUUUACUGAUGCAUUUGCGAAUUUGUUCUAUUCUAUAUUGUAUAAUUCAAUUCCUAGAAAUUGUCAGUGGUCGCCAUUGAAUGUUAAUUGAUGUAUGAUUUUCUAUUGAGCAUUGUGAGUUCAUUUGAAGGAUAUAUGAGCAAAGUAGAAUGCCAAUGGAUCGAAUACAAAUCCCCAGAAAAAUAUGAAGAUAUUCCUUCAUCUUACAACACUAAUCUACCUCUCCACAAUGACAGCCAGUCGAUCAAUGGUAUCCAAAGAAAGUUCCUAUGAAAUGAUAUACAAUGAUCCAACGAAUAGAACGGCAGAAAAAAUAUUUUACGAUGUAGCGUACAAGGCCUUAGCAUCACCUGAUCCAAAACUCAUCAGCACCAUCAGAUGUAAAUUGAAAGAGAUAGGUGCAUGGUUGGUGAAAAAGGAGAGUGAAGGCACAUUUAUUGGUCGUUGCUUCGGAGUGGCCAGGCAGAUCAAGUUUGCAAUGCCCAUCAUCAUGGUCAAGCUUGGUGUCAUAGUUACCAUAUUAGUAUUCCUUACUAUAUUUUCAAUGAAAACAAUGGGACUUCUCCUUGUCAUGUUCAUGUUCGGUGCGAGCAGCGCCUUCACGAAGCUAGCACUGUGGAAAACGGAGGCGAUUCAUCAUCAACAAAAACCGCAAAACGUCCAUUUCCACAUUCAUCCGGGAAAACACGGCGAAUACAAUUUUGCACCGGCUGCCAGUCCUUGGGAACGGACUUCUUCGGAAAAUAAUUUCGCAGAAACGGACGCAGAAUUCCAAGAGAAAAUGAAUUAUUUGGCGAAGUAUCAGAAGGGUUUGUUCGAUACUUGAAGUUCCAAAUGCGAUAUUAAGUUUUUUUAAGAUAGAGAGGUGUUUGAUAACAUGAAUGAGUUAACGGUUAGUUCAAAAUGCUGUCAAUGAUUUUUAGAUCAAUGCAGCUAUAAUUUUGAAUGGAACUAAUUAUUAUCGGACACUUCUAUGUGAGAUAAUAGUUUAGAUAAAUGUUCCAAAGCUAUAGUAGGAGAGCGAAGGUUGUAAAUAACGUUAUUUAGAAAUAAACUGAAAAAGAUA